AUGUCUAUGAACCUCGUCAUUAACUCUUUUCGCACUCUCUUCUGUCCAUUGUCUAUUAAUUCAUUGAGACGAAUGAAACUCAAAGGGACGAUAAUUCAGGAGAGUAUUUCCGACGAAUUUUUAUCAACUUCCAUUAUUUCAGUUGUCACCUCACGUAUAAAAGCCAAUAACUCUCCUUCUCUACGCAUAUCUUUAAGCCGUUCGGCUGUUCUAUAUUGUGGUUUAGACACUCUGGACAUUGUUCAGAACGAACUGAAGUUGCACGACAACAUUUAA